AACUUGUCCUCUAUUGAGCCUCCCAGUCCUCACUCAGGGUUCAACCUGCCCGCUGCCCUGCCUGUGGGAACAUCAGAAACAUGGCGGAGAGCGAGCUGAACGUUGACAGCCUCAUCUCUCGAUUGCUGGAAGUGCGAGGAUGUCGUCCAGGGAAGGUGGUACAGAUGACGGAGGCUGAGGUGCGGGGGCUCUGCAUCAAGUCCAGAGAAAUCUUCCUCAGUCAGCCGAUCCUGCUUGAACUAGAGGCUCCGCUAAAGAUUUGUGGUGAUAUCCAUGGACAGUACACAGAUUUGCUGAGGCUAUUCGAAUACGGAGGCUUCCCUCCGGAGGCAAACUAUCUGUUCCUGGGGGACUAUGUGGACCGGGGCAAGCAGUCGCUGGAAACCAUCUGCCUGCUGCUCGCCUACAAGAUCAAAUACCCAGAAAACUUCUUCUUGCUCAGAGGGAACCACGAGUGUGCCUCCAUCAAUCGCAUUUAUGGCUUCUAUGAUGAGUGUAAGCGCAGGUUUAAUAUAAAGCUAUGGAAGACCUUCACAGACUGUUUUAAUUGUCUGCCCAUCGCCGCGAUCAUUGACGAAAAGAUUUUCUGCUGCCAUGGAGGGCUCUCACCUGACCUACAGUCAAUGGAACAGAUCCGACGCAUUAUGAGACCUACGGAUGUCCCAGACACAGGCCUCCUGUGUGAUCUCCUGUGGUCGGACCCGGACAAAGACGUGCAGGGCUGGGGAGAGAACGAUCGUGGUGUUUCCUUCACCUUUGGGGCGGAUGUAGUCAGCAAGUUUCUCAACCGUCACGACCUGGACCUCAUCUGCCGAGCACACCAGGUUGUUGAGGACGGAUACGAGUUCUUUGCCAAACGACAGCUGGUGACUCUGUUCUCGGCUCCCAACUACUGCGGGGAGUUCGACAAUGCAGGCGGCAUGAUGAGUGUUGACGAGUCCCUAAUGUGCUCCUUCCAGAUUCUGAAGCCAUCAGAAAAAAAAGCUAAGUACCAGUACGGAGGGGUCACUUCAGGUCGCCCAGUGACCCCGCCACGUACCACUCAGGCCCCCAAAAAGAGGUGAGCGGCUGGUCCCGACUCUCCUCCUCCUCCCCCCUUCCGGCGGGUCGAUGGCCCUCGUCCCUGCAGGCUGCCUCAAACACUCCAGCCCUCUCUCAGUCAGCUUGUUCAUGUGUAAACAGAAACUUCAGGAGUGUGUUUUUUGCUUGUUUUGUGGAUAUUUUUCUGAACAUGUGAGUGGUAAUUUUUUCUCCAUACUUCUCAUGCUAUGGUAUGUAUUAACUCUGCCCUCACUUUAACUACUCAGUCCAUUCAGCAAUAUUGAAACGAACCUCUUGUGGAGUGGACGAGAUGUUAAGAAACGAUGCUUCUCUGCUGUCAGAUUAACAGUUUCCAUCGUGGUUUUGUGAAUGCAUGCACGCUUGUUACUUCAGACAGGUUCUCUGGACCUGGUCGAUGUAAAAACCAUAAUUACCCAUGACAAGAGUUGAGUCUUGUCUCUACUUGAUUCAUAUUAACAUAAAUAGUGCCAUUGUCCCCUUGUAUACUGGCUACAGUAGUGCUCUGCUAAAGUAAUACUUUGACUUUUUGGUGAAUAUGCUCAUUUGCUUUCUUGCUAAAAAAGUUUGAGAAGAUUGAAACGACUGUCUUCAGUCGAAUAUGAAGCUACCUAACGUGGCAGGCUAACUUCACAUAGCACAAAGAUUUGAAAGGGUAGUUAGCCGACUGUUUUUUGUAAAUACCUAAUUUUUUUUAACGUCCUUUAACUCCCAAGAAGUAUUCAGCCUCUAAUCUCAGUAUAGAGAGCCAGAUUACUUAUAUUCCCUCUUCUUCCAGCCGGUGUGUUAGUUUAAAGAAACUAGCUUCUGGCUGUAGCUUCAUAUUUAACAGGCGUGUAGUUUCAAUCUUCUCAUGUAACUCGUAACAUUUUGUGAAAUACGCAUUAAGUAGCUUCAACUUUUUCAUGAACAAUCGCCCAGAAGGCAUUGUUUCUUUUCUUUUCCCUGUGACUCAAGAAUGUUUUUCUUCCCUCAGAGGGAUCAGUAUCCUGGGAUUUUAAUAUAAGUGCAAUAAAUCGCUUAAAGACUUUUCAUAUGCACAUCAGCGUAGGCAGUAAAGGCCUAUAUGGACAUUUUAAAGAAGGACAGCCCAACCCAUGCUGGACCUUAAAUUAGGUGUUCACAUACUCUAGAUGCUCUACAUCACACCAGUGUCACCAGUCUGUUUCACAGCCAACACCAAGCUCGACCACGUUUUUCAUCCCUCAUAUCACCAAAGAAGGACUGCUUGCAGUAUCAGAGAGUAUCAUUUGACUGAUAAAGAUUCAAUUUAAAUACUGAGUGUAGUGGAAAAAUGUAGGAACCAAGCACCAGACGGCACCUUCAGUUAGUCUGGUUAUCAGAUGGAAGGAGGGAGAGAGGUUUAACACGACGUACGGUACAGGAUCACACUUCUUCUUUUUUUUUUUAUUAUUUCCUCAUCUGUUUGUUUCACAUUGAACAGUUUUGCACAUUCGGCCAUCAAAGCAUUGUAAAAAAAAAAGGUCAUACUCAUCAAGUUACAAUGAUGCCAUUUUGUUUGUUGUUGGCAUAGUGCUGGUUAUAUGACAUUGUUCCCACUAAACAACAGUUAACUGAUGUACUUAAUUUAUUUUAAUCUUGCCUUUUGCCUUGUAAAUCUAUCGGUCUUCAAGUUGGAAACAGUAUGUGAAGAUGUUUGAAGAUUUGUAGGAGUUUGUUUCAAACGAGUGAAUUAAAUGGAAGUGCUGUUGA